AUGCCCGCUAUCCCUAAAGAAAGCGACUUUCCGUCAUCUAUAUCUCUCACCAUCACCCCACCAGACUCACCACGAUCAACAAACAUCCUCAUCCUCCUCCAUGGACUAGGCGAUACACCCGCGCCUUUUACCAGCUUUGCAUCAGCCCUCCACCUACCUGAGACAAGCUGUAUAGUCGUCCGGGCCCCCGUCCCACUGCCGUUCGACCUUCCCGGCUUUCACUGGGGUGAUGACAUAGUUUUUGAAGCAGACUCGUUAGAUCAAGACCCUGGCUUUACCAGGGCUACUCGCAUGAUAGUCACGGAUAUCAUACGGUCAACAUUAAUAGACAAGCUCGGGUACAAGGCUCGCGAGAUAUUACUUUUCGGGUUCGCGCAGGGUGCGAGCGUUGUACUGAGUGCAGCAUUGGAAUUCCAUCGGUCGGAGGCUGGCCGGGGAGAGCUUGGUGGUGUCGUUGCUGUUGGCGGAGUGUUGCCUCUUUCCGCUAUCAAGGAGAGAGGAAGUAGGCAAAAUAAAUCACCUAGCCCUGUGUUGGUGUUGGGUGGUCAUGGUGCGCAGAGCGCCGUAUCGGAUGUCGGCACUCGUCGAACGAAGGAAGAAUUUGAAUAUGUGGAUGUGGUCCGCUGGAGGAGCAAGAAGGAAGAUACCAUGCCCCGAAAUAGGGACGAAAUGAUGCCUAUCAUGCAGUUCUUCGCGAGGCGGUUACGUAGCACUAGCGGAGUGCCAGAAGGAAGCGUGGAGCUUACUUAG